AUGUUGGGACAAAUUAUCAAGAAUACAGAAGCACUGGUGGCGAAGAGCGCCCGUACAAAUAACGUGUCCGUUUCAAUGGUCUCUCAGAGCGUGUCUACUGGCAUGGCUCGUAGUUUCGUGACAACCCCCGCGGCGAUGCUGCCAAAAUCAAGCGAUGAAGUAUCCCAGAGUGAACUCGACGCCAACAAGGCCAAGCUAGAAGAAUUAGAGAAAGAGCAUGUCAAGGGACAGUCUUUCUCUGGCACCUUCAAGAGACCAAGUGAGGAAGAGUUGAAGAAAAGAGGUGAAGAUGCCCAAAUCGAGCAACAGAGACCAGAUGAUGGUGUCUACUAA